CUGGGGCGCCUCUGGCUCUGAGAGCUCCCGUCUCCUCCUCCGCGCUGCCUGAGGGACUGGGGGCAGGGUGCCUGGGGAAGAGGGCAGCGCCGGAGGGCGAGGGAGCGGGUGGCAGGCUUGCUGCCUCUGCCCAGAGCCAGUUCCCCUUAGCGCCCAGGGUUGUCUGAUGGGAGGUUCCCUGUCUUUGGGCGGCUAGGACAGACCCCUGCGAGUCCUGCCUGCCCUCUUCCCAGGGCCUCCUGGGCUGCCUGCCCCUGACUGGCUGAAAGGCGCCUCUGGGCCCUUCUCUUUGCUCCCUGGUCCGUGUCGCCCAGGGAGUACCAUUUUCCCCGUCCCCUAGUUGGAAAGUUUGCCUACUUCUAGCUCAGGAACACAGGGAAGGCAGGGUUGUCGCCCCACUGGACGCAUGCUGCUGCCUGGUGGCCCGGCCUCAGCAGAGCUGGGGAGAAAGUCAGCCCCCCUCCUCGCUCCCCGCCUCCUGGGGGGAGUGUACGGCCCCGCAGUCAGGCCCACUGGACACAGGAUUUGGGGCCCUGGAGGUUUCUGCUGAGGCUUCAAGAGGCGUGGUCCUGGCGCUCCAGGCGCUUCCCAUCAGAUAGCAGGAGCCAGUUCUCAGGGUUCGUGGCUGAACACACAAGCUGCAAGGCUCCAUAUCCUCCGGCAGAGCUGACUGGGGGCUGCGGUCUGCAGGCGACAGUGCAAUAUCCCUCACUGCCUGCUCCGCCUUGCUAAGGCUUGAACCAGAAUCCAACAGGAGCAGCACUCCCUGACCCUCUAAUCUGCACCCUGUGAGCCACCAAGACUGAACCAAGCCCAGGAAGCGGCGCCACCAACCGGCCUCGCAGAGGCAGAGGCCCUGGAGCAGUGACAGCACAGGAGAUCCGCUGGCUCAGGGGAAGGGGAGGAAAGAGGAAAACAAAGGGAGUGAUCGAGUGAGCCUCGCCCCGCCCUCCCUGUGCCGGCCCAUGAUGUGUCAGUCAGAGGCGCGGCGAGGACCAGAGCUCGGCGCGGCGAAAUGGUUGCACUUCCCCCAGCUGGCCCUGAGGCGGAGGCUGGGGCAGCUGAGCUGCAUGUCCAGACCCGCCCUGAAACUGCGCUCCUGGCCCUUGACCGUCCUCUACUACCUCCUGCCCUUCGGCGCCCUCAGACCGCUCAGCCGGGUGGGAUGGAGGCCCGUAAGCAGGGUGGCUUUGUACAAGUCAGUGCCGACACGCUUGCUGUCACGGGCCUGGGGUCGCCUCAACCAGGUGGAGCUGCCACACUGGCUGCGCAGGCCCGUCUAUAGCCUGUACAUCUGGACCUUCGGGGUGAACAUGAAGGAGGCUGCUGUGGAGGACCUGCAUCACUACCGCAACCUCAGCGAGUUCUUCCGGCGCAAGCUGAAGCCGCAGGCCCGGCCCGUCUGCGGCCUGCACAGUGUGAUCAGCCCAUCGGAUGGAAAGAUCCUCAACUUUGGGCAGGUGAAGAACUGCGAGGUGGAGCAGGUAAAGGGGGUCACCUACUCCUUGGAGUCGUUCCUGGGCCCACGCACCUACACAGAGGACCUACCCUUCCCACCAGCCGCCUCAUGUGACUCCUUCAAGAACCAGCUGGUCACCCGGGAAGGGAAUGAGCUCUAUCACUGUGUCAUCUACCUGGCCCCCGGGGACUACCACUGCUUCCACUCCCCCACGGACUGGACUGUGUCCCACCGGCGCCACUUCCCAGGCUCCCUGAUGUCAGUGAACCCUGGCAUGGCUCGCUGGAUCAAAGAGCUCUUCUGCCAUAACGAGCGGGUAGUCCUGACGGGGGACUGGAAACAUGGCUUCUUCUCACUGACGGCUGUGGGGGCCACCAACGUGGGCUCCAUUCGCAUCUACUUUGACCGGGACCUGCACACAAACAGCCCGAGGCACAGCAAGGGCUCCUACAACGACUUCAGCUUCGUGACGCACACCAAUAGAGAGGGCGUCCCUAUGCGCAAGGGCGAGCACCUGGGCGAGUUCAACCUGGGCUCCACCAUCGUGCUCAUCUUUGAGGCCCCCAAGGACUUCAAUUUCCAGCUGAAAACAGGACAGAAAAUCCGCUUUGGGGAGGCCCUGGGCUCGCUCUAGAGCCUCUUUCCUGAUUAUGGCUGCUAAGGGAUCUUUUGCAAACUGAGUGAGCGUCUUUUAGAGAGGGAGGCCCAUGAGGCCAUCCAGGUGAGGGCCUGCCUCAGGGUGGGUGAGAGUCUGACCAGGUAGGACUUGAAUGACUCGGCUCCCACCUGUUCUGGAGGUACAGACAAGAGGUGGGUGAGAGCCCCCGUCAUGCCCUCAACCUAUCCUGUUCCUUCUCCCUACAAAUAAAAAGUGCAGGCUGGACUGAUCUGUCACAUUUGGAUCUUUUUAAACACUGUAUAGACGGGAGAUCCUGCAUUCCCGACUGAACCUUCAGUUGGUCUCGAUUGUCAUUUUUUCUUGCUGCUCCUCCCCAUCACCUGGGCUGUUUUCUGUUGGCCCCUUUUGUUUUUUGGCCUUAACCCUCCUGCUGCACAGGGUGAGGUGCCUCCUUGGCACAGACUGUGGAUGCCUCUUCCCCCAGCAGAGCCACACAGCCUUCAUGACAACCUUUCUGUUCCCAAAUUCACCUCAUCCUGCUCUUUAGAAAAAGCAGUCUUUGUGCUUGUGGCUGAAUGCAUCACCCUGGACUCUGCCAGUGUCUUCUGAGGACACUGAUUAAUGAUACAGACCUCUGUAGGACCUGAUGAGUGACCUUCUGGAGCUGGUCAGGUCCUCGUUGCAGCAGGCAAGACUAAUCACUGAACCUGCCUCAUGGCACCAGAAUGAACAGGGCAGGCAGGUGGUAGGCCCAGCUGGGGAUGGGAGAGUUCCUGUCCUCCCCAUAUCCCUACAUGAAAUGUGGGAAAGUUGCUGCUGUUGAUUCAGGGUCUGUCUGGGAGGCAGAGGGCCCUUGGUGGAUAGUCGGUCAGUGCCUGGGGAGCCCCCAAUGGCGGGGACAGGGCCAGAGUUCAUGUUGACCCUGGGGACGCUGUGAAUUUCUCCUGCAGGAGAGCCAUCAUUGAACUUUUUCAACUGUAUCAGUAGCACAGUAUUUUUGUAUGAGAAGUGGGAGACUUCUGAACAGUAAUUCAUUUAAUGGCAAAACAUUUUGAAAUAAAAAAAUAAAACUUA